GAGCCCCUGCUCAUCACAGCAACAGGGCCAGAUCCCAGCAGAGCUCCCGGCACAGGGCUGAAGGGAAGGGCUCUGAGAGAAGGAAAACUGGGGGGAACAGAGGGGAAGGGCUGGGAGAAAGGGCUUGGACAUUGCUCAGGAAAGUCUGCCCUAACUUGUCACUGUCUCCUCCUUGAACAGCUCCCCAUGGCCAGAGACACUAAAUGUCCAACAGCAGCUCCAUCAGCCACUUCCUCCUGCUGGCACUGGCAGACACGCGGCAGCUGCAGCUCCUGCACUUCUGCCUCUUGCUGGGCAUCUCCCUGGCUGCCCUCCUGGGCAACGGCCUCAUCAUCAGCGCCGUAGCCUGCGGCCACCACCUGCACACGCCCAUGUUCUUCUUCCUGCUCAACCUGGCCCUCAGCGACCUGGGCUCCAUCUGCACCACUGUCCCCAAAGCCAUGCACAAUUCCCUCUGGGACACCAGGACCAUCUCCUACUCAGGAUGUGCUGCACAGGUGUUUCUGUUUGUCCUUUUCUAUUCAGCAGAAAUUUCCCUCCUGACCAUCAUGUGCUACGACCGCUACGUGUCCAUCUGCAAACCCCUGCACUACGGGACCCUCCUGGGCAGCAGAGCUUGUGCCCACAUGGCAGCAGCUGCCUGGGCCAGUGCCUUUCUCACUGCUCUGCUGCACACAGCCAAUACAUUUCCCCUGCCCCUGUGCCACGGCAAUGCCCUGGGCCAGUUCUUCUGUGAAAUCCCACACAUCCUCAAGCUCUCCAUCUCACACUCCCAGCUCAGGGAACUUGGAUUUCUUGCUAUUGGUUCCUGUUUAGCAUUUGGUUCUUUUGUGUUCAUUGUUUUCUCCUAUGUGCAGAUCUUUAGGACUGUGCUGAGGAUCCCCUCUGAGCAGGGAUGGCACAAAGCCUUUUCCACCUGCCUCCCUCACCUGGCUGUGGUCUCCCUGUUCCUCAGCACUGUCAUUUUUGCCUACCUGAAGCCCCCAUCCAUCUCCUCCCCAUCCCUGGAUCUGGCAGUGUCAGUUCUGUACUCGGUGGUGCCUCCAGCCCUGAACCCCCUUAUCUACAGCCUGAGGAACCAGGAGCUCAGGAAUAGCCUGAAGAAAAUGAUAUCAAUUGGUUUUCAGAAGCAAUAAACUCUCAUUCUUCUGCAUAUCUCUUAUGAUGUUACUCUUUAAUUCUCACUCUGUGUCCUGUAUUUUUUG